AUGGACAAGCGCUGGAGCGCACACGAAGCUACCCCGCUCAUCGGGCAGCACACAAAACCGCGCCCCGGCGAAGGCCAAGUCUCUCCCAUGAAGUGCAGCUACCUUCCGCGCGCGACGAGGACGCGCGUAAAGGCGUUCGAAGGGGACCUGACGAUGGAGUACAUCUACAGUGCGGACACGCACCCGUUUCCGGAGACUAGACACAGGUUGCGCGACGCCAUCAUGUGGGCUGGGGCGAUCUUCCAGUCCCGGAUGUUCACCGUCGAUGGCGGCGACGCGUUGAUCGCUCCACCUAAGCCCUUGCGCUUGGUCAAAUUUGUCGGGGACGCGCUGGCGCGCUUCAUGUCCCCUGAAGCGAGGAAGAGACGCAAGGAGGUCGACGGCGUACUCCAAGAGAUCGUUAAGCGGGAGUUCGGCGACCGGGUCGAGGACAUGUACGAGGUGCAGGGCCUCGCCGUCACCCCGGAGAAGCAGGGGCGCGGGUACGCCACCGCGCUCAUGCGCACGGUCCUUGACAAGAGCGACGCGGAAGGGAAGGACUCAUGGGUGAUCACUGGGCGAUCGCACAUGUUCUACGCGACGCUGGGCUACGCGAUCGUCGGGACGGGCCAGACAGGCGGCGAGAAUCCGAUGUGGCCUCACGGGCCUGUCGAUUGGAUCGUAAUGCAUAGACCCGCGGGCCGCGUGUCCUCUUCGUGA